CACAGCAACCUCAAACUCCUGGGCUUAAGCAAUCCUGUUGCCUCAGCCUCCCGAGUAGCUGGGACUACAGGCACGUGCCACCAUGCCUGGCAGGCUGGUCUCGAACUCCUGACCUUGAGCGAUCCUCCCGCCUCGGCCUCCCAGAGGGCUAGGAUUACAGGCAUGAGCCACCGUGCCUGGCCUCAUUGGUAAAUACUUCAGUAUGCCAAAAGUUAAGGACUUUUUUUUGUUGGUAAAACAUAACCAAAAUACUAAUUUUGAUCUACAUUUUUAAAAAGAACAUUAAAAUCUAUGCAGAGCUCAAUGCAUAUUGUAUCACACAUGGCAUUUUUAAAAAUUGUUUUGCACAAACAACAUUGUGAAUGUACUUACUGCCACAGAGCUAUACACUUAAAAG